AUGAAAAAAAAAACGGUUUCAUUCUCUCUGUGCACCAUAUGGUCGACGGCCCGGUACCAUAUGAUCCAUGAGCCGGUACCAUAUGGCCCACGGCCCGGUACCAUAUGGUCCACAGCCCGGUACCAUAUGGUCUACGGCCCAGUACCGCGCCAUUAUUUUAUUGUUGUGUUUUCUUGUCUUUCAGCUGAUGCAAGUCGUCGGCCGAAGUAUUCCAGUCACAUCAAGUCCCGAUGUUUCAAGUCGCUAGGUUGCUAUUCGAUCGAAUAUCCUUUCAACAAUACAUACUUCCUUCCUGACAGCCCAAGAAGAAUCAAUACUCGUUUCUGGAUUUAUCCCCCUAAUUCAUACAAGAAAAAAUCUCUCCGUCUUGAUAGAGACUACAACAAAAUCUACAAAGCCAGUCUUCCUACCAAAGUCAUCAUUCCAGGUUUUAAUCCUUAUCAUGAAAACUUCGCUUGGGUUGACGAGAUGGCUAAUGAACUUCAGAAAACGGAACCAAUGAAUGUGAUCAUUGUGGACUGGAGCGGAGGUGCUGGGUUUCCUUACGAGCAGGCAGUGGCCAACACUCGGGUCGUUGGCAAACAAAUUGCAAAUUUAUUGAUUCAUUUGAACCCCGCUCAUGCAAAAAGACGUUUUAUGAAAUUACACUUGAUUGGCCACAGCCUAGGAGCCCACAUCGCUAGUUACACAGCGAACCAUUUGAAACACGUGUACCGCAUCUCAGGUUUGGACCCAGCUGGACCGAACUUUCAAGAUACGGUGCCAAAAGUUCGUCUCGAUGCUGACGAUGCUGAUUUUGUAGAUGUCAUUCAUACAGACGGUGCUAUGUUCCUUGCCAUAAAAGGUUUUGGCACGAUGAAACCAAUGGGCGAUGUCGACUUUUACCCCAAUGGUGGGAAAAGACAACCCGGAUGCCAAGGAACGUGGCUUGAUUUAGCCAUAAGAGCAUACAACACGGGCAUAAAAAAUGCCAGCAACUCGGUCGGUUGCAGUCACAGUCGUGCUAUAUUUCUUUACAUCGAGUCCAUCAAAUCAACUUGCUUCACCGCCGUUGAGUGUGAUAACAGUCAAAACUUCACACUUGGAAAAUGCAAAAACGGCGAAUACAUCACAAUGGGAUAUCAUUUAAGGAAAAACGUACAUAAAGGAUCCUAUUUUCUAAACACAUUAGGAAGAAGACCUUACUGUGGUUAUAAUUAUAUCAUAGAUAUGUAUGUGGCCCAAAAUACCACUCUUCAUGGCGUAUACAUCCGAAUAGUAGGAACCAAAGGAAUUUCAAGCAAACGACAUAUAUCUGGUGACCCAAUCUCGACAGGUUACGGUAACAAAGUAGGAACUGUUUUGUUGGCCCACAGAAAUCUCGGCGAAAUCAAACAAGUACUAGUGUUGUACGCUCCAGAAUCUCGAUUCCGGUUCUUCCUUUAUAAAUCUACAAUCCAAGUAUUAGGAAUCACAGUUACAGACGUGACACAUCACAGCAGAUUCAAAUCCUGCAACAAAAUGACCAUCGCCAGCGACAGCCGAGUUGUCUUCCAUAAAAAAGACUCUAAUACGAACUGUAUUUAG